AUGGUCCUCGGCUGUGAUCACUGGAGACGGGAGGCGGCAGGCCUGGCAACCCCGGCCCCGCGCGGCCCCGCACACGCCACGUUAGGCCGUACCUGGCUCCUAGCGUCGCCGGCCGCGGAGCUCAGGAGGCGGCACCCACCGUCGGGGUCCCGGCUGGAGCUGGCGACCCAGGGGGAAUCGCAGAGUCCCGAAAGCCUGAAUUACACCUCUCUGUCAACAUCGUCAGAAGUGUAUAGGAUAGAGUUUAUAUUUCCAAAUGGAGACAAGUAUGAUGGUGACUGCACUAGAACACAAUCUGGGAGCUAUGAGAGAAACGGAAUGGGCAUCCAUACCACGCCUAACGGAAUUGUCUACACAGGAAGCUGGAAAGAUGACAAGAUGAAUGGCUUUGGAAGACUUGAGCAUUUUUCAGGAGCUGUGUAUGAAGGACAAUUCAAGGACAAUAUGUUUCAUGGACUGGGAACUUACACAUUCCCAUCUGGGGCAAAAUACACUGGAAAUUUCAAUGAAAAUAGAGUGGAAGGUGAGGGAGAAUACACCGAUAUCCAAGGCCUGCAGUGGAGCGGCACCUUCCACUUCACAGCGGCCCCUGGCCUGAGGCUGAAGCUGUACAUGUAGACCCGCUGCACUAGUGCUGAGGCGUGGCCCUGGAAGCUCCGGCGGAAGCGUCCCGCCCUGCCUGGUCUGUAAGCUCGCCAAUAAACUGCGCUCACCCGUGCUUCUCUGAA